UGGGUAUAUUCCCUUCCAGUUAGCAAAACUAAAGGAUAGAAUGUAUAGUUGAUACGUUCAGAAUUUAUAGGAAGAUUCUAAAGAAGGCACUACUCAGUAUCCUGGGAAUCAAGAUCUAGCAUUAAGGAGUCUGCCAGCUUUACAACCACUUCGGCGAAUACAUCAGGGCGCGAAAAAGACAAUUCUGUUAUUACUAACUCCUAACCCAGCUCAUCUAUAGAUUCAAUCCUUCAUUUUCCUUGGGUACGUAAAAUCGAUUGCUGUUGUCCAAAGUCAAAACCUUUUUUUGCAGAAUCACAUUCUUCUUCCGAUCUCAAAGAGUUCUUUUCGACGUUCCAAACCUGUUUCAAAAAUAAACAACUUACCAAGAAUCCAUAAUCACAAACGGUUGUUUAUGAACAAUGAUCAGUGACUAGUUCAUCCUAUAAGGAAUUCAUCCAUCAGCCAAUAGUGAUUAAAAAAAAAAGCAGUAUACAGAUGUUUAUUAAUUUUUAAGUAAUCAAAAUACUUUUACAUUGCUUUUCUAUAGGAAAAGGGAACAUAUGAGUAGGUGCCCGGAAUCCCUACUACCUUCGCUGUCUAAUCAAAUCACCCAUAAUAAAUAAGCAAACGGUGAAAGCAUUUCUAAGGGAAAAGGCAACUGUAUUGGCUUUUUCUAAUUUAAUAGAAUUAUUUAUCUAGCCUUUUUUUGAAGUCAUGCAUAAUUUUGAUCAUGCGUCGAGCAUAACAUUGGGCGAUUGUCUAGGUAAAGGAGCCUUCGGGGCUGUUUAUCGGGGACUAAAUAUAAAAAAUGGAGAAACUGUAGCCGUAAAACGCAUCAAGGUGUCUAAAAUCAUGAAAAUGGACCUUUCUGUCAUCAAAAUGGAGAUUGAUCUGCUGAAAAACUUAGAUCACCCCAACAUUGUAAAAUACAGAGGCUCUUAUCAAUUUGAUGACUCACUCUGUAUUGUGUUAGAAUAUUGUGAGAAUGGGUCAUUACAUUCAAUCUGCAAAAAUUUUGGAAAGAUACCUGAAAAUUUAGUUGCUAUAUAUACAUAUCAGGUUUUACAGGGACUACAUUACUUGCAUAAUCAAGGUGUUAUUCAUCGCGAUAUAAAAGGUGCAAAUAUAUUGACAACAAAAGAUGGAACAAUCAAGCUUGCGGAUUUCGGAGUUGCAACAAAAAUGAAUGCUUUAGACGAGCAUAGUGUCGUAGGUAGUCCAUACUGGAUGGCACCUGAAGUUAUUGAGUUGAUCGGAGCAACUACUUCUUCUGAUAUUUGGAGUGUUGGAUGCACAGUGAUAGAAUUGUUAGAAGGAACACCUCCCUAUUAUAAUUUAGAUCCUACUGCUGCUUUGUUUCACAUGGUCAAAGAUGAGCAUCCUCCCUUUCCUUCUAAUAUUUCAUUAUCAGCGAAGAGUUUCUUGGCUCAAUGUUUCCAAAAGGAUCCAAAUCUUCGAGUCGGGACAAAAAAACUAUUAAGACAUCACUGGGUUACUGCUCAUCAAACGUCUACCAAAUUCACAGAUGCUAUUGACGAGGUCCAAAAAUACAACGAGAGAGUUAACGAAGAUAAUCUGAAUCUUAUUAAUGAAACCACAACGCAUAACAUUAAUCCAACGUUGCAUGCUGACAGACAGUCCUCUUAUCAUCCUCCUGAGCCACCUAAAACACCUCCACCUAUUGAAACAGAGAAAUGCGAUGUUUGGGAUGACGAAUUUCAAGGGACUCUAAAAAUCAAUAACGAUGUACUGGAGAAAUCUGAACAUUUUGUGAACUUUUAUAACGAUUUUAAAGGUAAAAACACUACUUCAAGUUCUACAAAUUCGACUCCUUCAAAAAGCAGAAAAUCCGUUAGUGUUGAUCGGGGGAAUGAAGUUGUGGACUAUGUACAAAAACGCUCAUCACCGGAAUUAUUGACACCUGCGCUUAAUAGGUCCAUUGAUCUUCAACAGACUCCCAAGCAUCAUAGAUAUCUUUCAACUGAACUAAAAGAAAAUGUUCCUGAUGGUUUGGAGAAAUUCAUCGAAACCCAGAAGGACAGUGAGUUCACUGAUGUGUUUCCUGCUUCUUCAAUUAAGAUUCAGGGCCUCCGGAAAGAAAAAGGGUUCGGAACACUAGUUUUAAAUAAAUCAUAUAAUUCGUGGAAUAAUGAGGAUGAAGAAACUGAGGAUGAAAAUGAGCUUUUCGAUUCUAUCGAUUCUGAAGUCGAAAAUUUGAACUUGGAGAAUAAUAUCCUACUGGAUAAACGAUCUCGAUUAAUUUCUUAUUUGAAAGAUAUUUUGAAGGGAUUGAUUGAGAAAAAACCGGAAGAUAGACAACCUAUUGUCACUCAAAUUGCUUCCAUUUUAACUGAGGAUAUAAGUCUGAAGGACGAAUUGGUGAAGGCGCAUGGGAUGCUCCCUCUUAUUGAAACGCUGAGCGAAGUUAACGAUAUGCCUUUACAGCUAUUAUUAUUAAAACUCAUUAACACGAUUAUUUAUGAUAACUAUUCUACGUUACACAGAUUCUGUUUCUCAGGCGGAUUGCCCGUCGUGUUAAAGUUCUCUCAAAGCUCCUAUCCAUGGGAUUUUCGUUAUGAGAGCGCCGUUUUCAUUCAGCAAAUGUACAGAGCAUCGUCAUUAUCCCUUCAAAUGUUUAUUGGUGUUUCAGGGCUUCAUGUUCUGUUGCUAUUUCUAAAGGAAGACUAUACAAAAAGUAAAGAUUUAGUUUUCGUAGGUGCUGAAGGACUAUGGAAGUUACUUAGACAACAAGACUGUAUACCAAAGAAUGAUGUCUGUCGACUAGUCGUGCGUUCUGAUGUUUUAGAGCCGAUGACAAAAAGUAUGCUUAAGGCUUUAGCUGCGGAUGAUCCUUCUUCUAGGCUUUGUUUGUCAAGGCUCUGUGAAAUAUUGUUAGCACUGUCUCAGUCAGAAACUUAUGUUAAGGAAGCCCUCCUGAAUGAAAACAUUUUCCGAAGAAACUUACGUAUUCUUUUAUAUCUACCUCUUGAAGAAAUGGUAACAAUGUUGCAGUUUAUUAAGCAAAUUUCUAUGGUGCCGUCUUCAAUAAACUUACUCAGAAAGGUGCAUUUAAUCCCCCUUUUAACACACAUACUCGGAGAUGCAAAACUAAAAAAUAGUAGAAAAGAGAUACGGAAUGAAUCUUUGGCUACUUUAUUCAAUAUCUGUCGUUUAGAUAAGAAAUCACAGGAAAAAGCGGUUAUUGCUGGAGCUAUACCUCUAUUACAAGAAACAGCCGUCAAAGACAAAAUUCUAAAGGAAUUUGCAUUGCCAAUCUUAUUGACACUGCCACAGUGUAGCCCCAUCUGUAGGCAAUACUUAUGGAAAAACAAAGGGCUUGAAUUUUUUCUCUCACUUCUUCAAGAUUUGAAUUGGCAAUCAGCUUCCCUGGAUACUAUAUCUGUAUGGCUUCAGUAUGAAUUUAAAGAGAUACAACAUGCUCUUUUGGAAAAACGAUAUGUGCAUCUAGUCCUCAAAGUGUUCUGUUCGGCUCAGUCCGCUUCAUUCAAUCGCUUGUUAGACGGCAUUAGUAGAAUAUGUCAGCUUUCUCCUAAACUAGCAGCAAGCUACGGUCAGCCUCCAAUUUUCCAAAAAUUAAGAGAUCGUUUAUUACACGGAACGGCCAAACCGAUUACACUACUGAAUGCUUUCCAAAUGCUCAAAUCCAUGUGCGAAAGUAAUUCAUAUUGCAAGAUGUAUAUCACUCAUUAUGAUUUGCCUGAUUUAAUCCAUCAGCAAAGCCGGACAAGUGAUUCCGUGUUAGUACGAGAGUUGGCCAAAGAUCUCUUAAGACAAGUGAAGUACUCUAAUAUCCCGAGCAGUCCGUCUAUAUCAAAACCUGACAUGCCCCCACCGAAACGGUCGUCAAAAUCAACUGUGAAUCGUUAAUCCUUACGAUCGAAAUUGCGAAACAUGGUUACAUCGCGGUUACUAUAUAAUCUGAAACUUUCAAGCAGUCCUAAGUCAGAGAUGAUGGAGACCUCUACAUUAAUUAUCACGUUUUCCGUUUAUGACUUCCUUUAUAAUGUUUACUUAUGUU